CUCCAGCACAAGGCAACAGCCUCCACCACCACCAGCUCCAGCACAAGGCACAAGCCAUCACCAGCACAAGGCACAAGCAAGGAUGUCCCUUUGCUGUGGCUUUACUCUGCUCCUCACUGCCCUGGUUGGCUCUGCCUCUGCCAGCCUCACUUGCCCAGCUCACUGCCACUGUGAAGAAGAUGGUAUCUUGCUGUGGGUGGACUGCUCAGAACUGGGGCUUGCGAUUCUCCCUGAAAACCUCAGCCCCUUGACAUCUUAUCUUGAUCUGAGCAUGAACAAUAUCAAUGAGUUGAAGCCCAAUGCGUUUGGAAAUCUCCACUUCCUGGAAGAGCUGCGGCUGUCUGGGAACCACCUGAAGCGGAUUCCGAUGCACGCGUUUGCUGGGCUGUACAAUCUGAAAGUCCUGAUGCUGCAGAACAACCAACUGAAGAGACUUCCGAGCGAAACAUUAUGGGAUCUUCCCAAUCUUCAGUCACUACGCUUGGAUGCGAACCUUAUUUCAGUCAUCCCUCAGAACAGCUUUGAAGGACUGCAGUCCCUACGGCACCUUUGGCUUGAUGAUAAUGCACUGACUGAAAUUCCUGUUCGAGCUCUGAACAACUUGCCUUCACUCCAGGCAAUGACAUUAGCUCUCAACAAAAUAACACACAUCUCCGAUGAUGCGUUCGUCAAUCUCUCCAGCCUAGUCGUACUGCAUCUCCAUAACAACAAUAUCCAGUCCCUUGGAAGGAAUUGCUUUGAUGGACUCCACAGUCUAGAGACACUGGAUCUGAACUACAAUGACCUGUCUGAAUUUCCUGUAGCAAUCCGGACUCUAAGCAAACUUCAAGAACUGGGUUUCCAUAACAACAAUAUCAAGGCAAUCCCAGAAAAGGCUUUUGUUGGAAAUCCAUUACUUCAAACAAUUCAUUUUUAUGAUAAUCCAAUCCAGUUUGUGGGGAAAUCAGCCUUUCAAUAUCUGCCAAAGCUUCACACCUUGUCACUAAAUGGGGCAAGUGAAAUAAAGGAAUUCCCAGACCUUAAAGGAACAACCAGUCUGGAAAUACUGACAUUGACUAGAGCUGGAAUCACCUCACUUCCCAGGGGUCUCUGCCAACAACUCCCAAACCUACGAGUGCUGGAAUUAUCGUUCAAUCAGAUUCACGAACUGCCAAGUUUCCAUAACUGCCAAAAGUUGGAGGAAAUCGGCCUGAAGCACAAUAGAAUCACUGAAAUCAGAGCUGACACGUUUCAACAGCUAAUGACUCUGAGAUCUCUAGAUCUCAGCUGGAAUAAAAUUGCGUUCAUUCACCUCGAUGCUUUUGCCUCAUUACGCUCCUUAACUAAAUUGGAUUUAACAUUCAACGAGCUGUCCUCCCUUCCUUUGGCCGGGCUAAGUGGAUUGACUCAUCUGAAGCUGAAAGGGAAUUUGGGACUCUCCGAAUCCUAUUCAGAAGAAAACUUUCCCAAACUAAGAGUCCUAGAGAUGCCAUAUGCCUAUCAAUGCUGUGCAUAUCGAUCUUGCAAACCUACUUACAAGCAGGGCAGCCAGUGGGAUGCAGAGGAUAGUGCCAGUGAUAAUGAGGAUGUUCAAAAACGAGCCAUGGGAUUAUUUGCAGUCCAGGCUGAUAGUAACUAUUACCUGGAUAUGGAUGAUUUCUUGUUGGAUGUGGAAGAUGCCAAAAUGCACCUCAGUAUUCAGUGCACCCCCAACCCCGGUCCAUUCAAACCAUGUGAAUAUCUCUUUGAAAGCUGGGUGAUACGUAUCGGAGUGUGGGCCAUAGUUCUUAUCUCUGUGGUCUGCAAUGGACUGGUCAUCACCACUAUAUUCGCAUCGCCCACCUAUCUCUCGCCGGUGAAAUUUGUGAUUGGUUUGAUAGCCGCUGCCAACUUGCUGACAGGACUUUACAACGGCAUCUUAGCGAUUGUGGAUGCGUUGACCUUUGCGGAAUUUGCAAAGCAUGGUGCAAAAUGGGAGACGGGCCUGGGCUGCAGAAUCACGGGCUUCAUGUCCGUAUUUGCCUCUGAAGCGUCCAUACUGUUCCUCACCCUCGCCGCGGUGCAGUGCAGUAUUUCUGUGUCCUGCGUCCGAGCUUAUGGGAAGUCCCCGUCUUUCAGUAGCGUAAAAAUCGCCGCUUUUUGCUGCGUGGCUCUAUCGUUCAGCGCGGCAGCACUCCCGCUCUGCUCGGUCGGAGAAUUCGGGACUUCCCCACUUUGCCUGCCUUCCCCCAUCCCUGAUGGGAAGCCAUCUACUCUAGGCUUCAUGGUGGCCCUCAUCAUGAUGAACACCCUUUGUUUCCUCGUCAUCACCGGCACCUACACCAAACUUUACUGCGACCUAAUGAAAGGGGAAUUUGAUAGCAUUUGGGACUGUGCCAUGAUCAAGCACGUUGCUUGGCUGAUCUUCACCAACUGUAUCCUGUAUUGCCCUGUGGCCUUCCUUACCUUUUCCUCCCUGCUCAACCUAUUCCUGAUCAGUCCAGAAGUCAUCAAAUCCAUCCUGCUGGUGGUUCUCCCCCUGCCCGCUUGCCUGAACCCUUUGCUGUACCUAUUAUUCAACCCACAUUUCAAAGAGGACCUUCGCAUGCUCCGUGAGUGCAAGUGGCAGAAGAGGUACAGAUCGAAGGAAGGCAGCAUGGAUUCCCUCACUUCAGAAGACAUGGAUAAGCAAUCGUGCGAUUCCACCCUGGCACUGAUGACCUUUGCAGACAAUGAAAUGGCACUUGACUCGACUGAUAAUCUUGGAGUUCUGUCCAGUCAUCAUCGGGCCAUUGCGUCCUAUCCGUUUCCAUCUGUGACUCUUAUUCCUUGCCAACAAAGGAAGGGCAAUGGGAUGGAAGAGAGCUAUUCAACCCGACAUUCCUGCCUCACCGAUGAGGAACUCUUGAUUACUUCACAGAUGACAGAGCGAGCCCACAACAACAUUCAGAUCAGCAUUUAUCCAACCAAAGGUCCUUCCUUCACAUCUCAUGUAUAAGCGUCAUUGACUCAGGUAUCCCCGGAGAAGCAUGGGUCUCUGGUAAACACCUAAUGACAACCGAUGCCUAGAUGGGAUUAUAACACUGGGAAUUAAUAUGUGGAACCGCUCCCCCUCAGACACCGAAAGAGCACUGCCAUAAAUGUUAUGUAGUCUAAUGGAUGGUCAGGGGUACGUUUCAGAAUAGUAGGUGGCUUUUGGCGAGUAUGUACAUGAGUGGUGUAGCUACAAGUGUAUAUGUAAGUGCAAAACCAAAAUAGCGACCAUUUCGUAGGGUUACAAAACUGACUGUACAAUAUUUAAGAGAUAGUUUCCUUUACAAUGUUUUAUGUCAUUAAAGGGAAAGCAAAUCCAUUGGCACUUGAACCACAUGACUACCUAAUGAACCAGUGUUAACAUAUGGUGUAUUGAAAGUAAAGAUGGACUUAUUUGGCAACACACUUGUGUUAUAUGACAAUGAAAUGCUAAAUGUACUCCUGGCUAUAUUUUUACAAUAUUAAAUCUUUUGGUAGAUGUGAGAAAUUACUCCAGCAGAGAGGGAAAUGGAUAAAUUGGUCAUCUGACAUUAUAUUCAGAUAGAAAAGCAUGAAUACAUGGCAGCUUUACAAUGCUGACUUUCUUUUUUAUAUUUUGAUACCUUUGUAGAAGUGAAUGGUAAAUGAACAAUAGAAAUAUAUUUAUUACAAUAGAAACUUUCUACAUAGAGACCCUGUAAAUCAGACCUUUUUUUUUCGAUUGGAA